GUUAAAAAUAAUAAUUCGAAAUGGUACGAUACAAUUUUAGUAUGUGUAAGAAUCUGUAUGUGUGUGUUAAUUAUAUUUACCAAUUGGUCUAUUGAAUGUGUAAAGUGUAGUUACUUUGAAUAAUAAUUUGAAUUGCGUUUUUGUCAACAAGUUACAUUUUAUUUAUUUAGAUUAGAUUAAUCUGAACUAAGGUUGAUCAAGGAUUAGAUCAUUUGAUUAUUAUUAACAUCAUUUAAUCAAUGUUUAUGCUAGGCUAUUUUUAGAUGGGUCAGCGAAGCGCAUGUUCCUACAUCUCGUAUUAAUAUUAAAUAGUUUAUGUUAGUUUAUAUUGCAGAACUUGUAAUUAAUUAUGUAAGCUACCAAAUUUUACGAUUAAUAGUAUAGAUGAUAGUUACAAACAUCAAUCUAGUAAAAGUUUCGUUAAGCAAUAUUUACUACCAGAUGAAAACUUUAAUUGAAACAAUUAUUUUUGGUAUUUUAUCAAUUUAUGUUCAAAGAAUGAAUUAUUAUGAUUUCAAUAAUUAUACUACUUCAGGUUUAAGUUCAUCAUUUGUAACUUUUGAAUAUGUUUUAGCUACCACCAUGGAAUUCAUUGUUGCUGUUGGUUAUAUCCUGAACUUUUACAUUAAGAGAAGAUAUUAUCCUGAAUUAGGUGUUAAUAACGUUGCUGUUGAAAGCAGUAAUGAUGAAAGCAUCGAAAAGGAAAAUGAAAGUGAAUUAGAAGAUAUUAGUCUUGAAAAUAAUAGUAUCAUCAAAAAGGAAAUUGUCUAA